AUGGGAUCAAGCUUGCUUCAAUGGGAAUCCGACCCUCUAUUUCCAGCCGCCGAAGUCGUUCAAGAUUCAGCUGACAGGAUGGAAUCGAUUUUUCGCGUUCUUUUGCAUGAACAAAAUCUUGUUGAAGCUAAUAAUUAUGACCCGAAGCUGCUUACUUUGAUUGGGUACCACAGGCGCGAUCUUGCUACCAUACUUGAAACAGCAAAAUGGCAGGCAUUGUUGGAAGAUUUUGAACGAGCAGUUAACUCAUCAGCUAGGAUGGACCGGCCUCACUCUAGGGAGGCUGUGAUUUUUAGACAAAAGGAGUUUGUUAGUGCUAUUAGAGAACAGAUCAACAAUGUUGAGAAAAGCUUGGAGGAAAUGGCAAUGGGAAAUCACGCUAAAAACUCUGAAUGGAAAAACUUGAAUGAACAAGAUAAAGAUAAUUUGGCAUUAUUCCUUUCUAGGGGAUUAACAAUCACUGUUAUGAGUUCGGUGAUAGUGACAUAUUUAAAAGAUUUCUUGAUCCAACCACGGCAUCAUGCUCAACAGAUGCUGGAAUUGUUGGAAAUGAAUGUGGAGAAAUUGAAGAAGUGA